CUUAUUUCGUUUUCCUGGAACAGAGACCACGCUGCUCUUUGUAUCUCGCUCUGUCUCUCUCCAGUCUCCGAAAAAUUAGAAGAGAAAAAGUAAAGAAAGUCGAUGGAUAAUGGGUCCAUGGAUUCUGGGUCUCAUGGUCAUGAAAGAUCUGCACCGUCUUCUUCAAAUUUAUCGGCUUUAGCCCCACCUUUUACGGUUGUGACAAAACCCAUUGUAAGCUCGCUUGGGGAUUGGACUGAAUUCUCUUAUGGCGUUCCCUUGAGUUCUUCUCUGCACAAUUGGCUCCCUUCCGACUAUCCUGAUUCUGGGCUUGGUUUAUAUUCAAACCACGGUACAGAAUACGAUCCGAUUCAUUCAUCGGAUGCAUAUGAUUACGGUGCCUCUCAUGAUAUUCAUUCACCCUAUACCCACUUGUCUUCAGUGAACCCUAUCGCCCCGGUUUCGGUCGAUGGCGUGGCAACUAGUAAUGUUGAAGCCCAACUAUAUUAUCCCUCAUAUAUCCCGCUCCCAAUUGAAGACCAUGAUCCUAUGGUGGUUCCAGAUGAAACUAGUUAUGAUUUGUCAUCGAGUUCCCACGUUGUCACCUUGGAUGGGUCCUCCUCCAAGAACGAUCAUACUCAAUCUGGUUGCCACCUUGAAGGGGGUUUCUGCUCAAAGGAGUUGAGUGUAUCUGGUUCGUCCUCCAUUUUCAUGAAUGAUGCGAACCUAGGAGCUCAAGCCUCCAAAGGUUCAUACACAUGUGAAGAAGGUUCCAAUAUCAUUGAUAUGUUGGGUUGGGAAAAGCACAGUGGAUGUUCAAAUACGGAAUGGCCUAGCAAUAAAUCCUUCCCAGUCAACAAUCUGCCAACCAUGCCCAUUGAUUAUUCAAAAACAUCUACCAUAGGUGCCCCUUCGCUACUUAUAGAAAACCCACCUAAAAAACCCUCCUUUGAAGAAGUCACAAAGAUGUACGAAUGUCAAGUGCCAUGCAUUGCUUCAUAUGAGAAACACAUUAGGCAUUGUAAUGCUAGUAUGAGGGGCAGUGCAUCAUGCGAGACAUCUUCACCUUCACUUGUCAUUAGACCACCAGAUGUCGACACCAGCAUGUCUGCACCAAAUACAGGUGCCCCUUCGCUACUUCUAGAAAAGCCACAUAAAAAGUACUCUUUUGAAGAAAUCACACAGAUGUACGAAGGUCAAGUGCCAUGCAUUGCUUCACAUGAGAAACACAUUAGGCAGUGUAAUGCUAGUAUGAGUGGCAGUGCAUCAUGCGAGACAUCUUCUCCUUCACUUGCCAUUAGACCACCAGAUGUCGACACCAGCAUGUCUGCACCAAAUACAGGUGCCCCUUCGCUACUUCUAGAAAAACCACAUAAAAAGUACUCCUUUGAAGAAAUCACACAGAUGUAUGAACGUCAAGUGCCAUGCAUUGCUUCACAUGAGAAACACAUUAGGCAUUGUAAUGCUAGUAUGAGUGGCAGUGCAUCAUGCAUGACAUCUUCUCCUUCACUUUUCAAUAGACCACCAGAUGUCGACACCAGCAUGUCUGCACCAAAUACAGGUCCACUUGAGGAUAUGAAUUUUGGGACCGAUGUGACUGAUCCAAAUGCUUGUGGUAAUAGUCCCUCCUACGCAAACGAGUCCUUUCCCUUGUUAGGCUCUAAAAACAAAGUUCGGUUUGAUACAAGCCAACUCCGAAUGCACCUAGACACAAAUGAUUCUAUUAGUAUGGAAUCAUUAUCUUUAAAAAAUGAAGAGCUUUCAAAGAAGAAAGAAAUUUCUGAGGAUGCCUUGGAUCAAGUCUUUAAACCAAAAUCUGGAUUUCAAAUAUCUCGUACAAGUUCAGAUGGCUUCAAUUUGACACUUGAUCCUAUUGAGAAUUCUUCUGAGAGCUUAGAUUAUUAUAACCCUGUUGUGGACUCACCAUGCUGGAAAGGAGCUCCAGUUAUUUGUUUUCCUCCAUUUGAAGCUUCUGAAGCCAUCGGUUCUCAAUAUAUGAGAAAAAUAGAAUCAUGUAAUAGUUCUGAUUGUAAGGUGCCUAAGGUCUUCCCUCUCGCCAUUGAUAAUGCAGUAAAAUUCUCAUCUCAAAAUCCAAAUGAGAAGACAAUGUAUGUGGGAAGAGGCCUAGCGCCUGCUCCAAAGGGGCCUUCAGAUGCUAACUCAUUAUUCAGAGAUCCCAGAUCUGAUGGUUCUUUAAAUGCAAAUGAUGGAUCCUUUCUUUCAAAAUCAUGCUACGACUAUACAGUUCAACAUACUGAUAGCAUUUGUGAACCAUGGGAAGACCAUGCCUUACCCAGCAUGUCCACAGUUGGUUCGGACUUAACACUUUCCCUCACCAGGCAGCAAAAUUUUGAAUCAAGCAAAAUGAUUCCUGAAAAGCACUCAUCAGAGACUUGUGUUGAAGAUCCAGGAUCUAGUAUCAGUGAUGCUACAAGUUCACCUGAUGUGUCUUUCUAUUCCUCUGGAUAUGGCCUGUCUUCAUCAUCUUCAGUGGAAGAUUCUUCUGCUAAGCUUACCGAACUGCAUGAGCCAGAUUCAACCCCAAAAAUAGAUGUCCAGAUGCUGAUUAAUAUAAUGCGUAACAUGUCUGACUUGCUUCUAUUUCACUCUUCAAAUGAUUCACUUGAACUGAAGGAUGGAGACUGUGAGGUCCUUAAGGAUGUCAUCUUUAAUCUCCAUCGAUGUAUAUUAAAGGACGGUGAACAAAUGACUGCAACACGAGAAUCAAUAUUUCCGCAGCAAGGCACAAGUCAAUAUCUUGAAGAUUUACCAAAGCUUCCGAAGGAAGUGAAUGUAGACAGGCCUAGAGUGACAAAAGAAGCAGCUGUUAUCACUCGGGAUCAGCUUGACCAUAAGGGUCUUCAUGAGGAAAAGCAUCAUAAUAUUGGUUCUGGUAAUAAAAUGGAGAUGAUAUCAGAUUUUGUUUCUGUGAAGGGUGGUGCCAACAUGGUGGAAAAAGAUAACAUGACGCAGGCUAUUAUGAAGGUUCUCAGUGACAAUUGUGAUCAUGAGGAAGAAAUGCAGCCAAAUGGCUUCUUGUAUAAAACUUUAUGGCUAGAAGCAGAAGCUGAAUUAUGUUCCAUCAACUAUAAGGCUCGCUAUAAUCGUAUGAGGAUUGAGAUGGAGAAAUCUGAGUUGCACGAGGCAAAAGUAAAUACCCUGGAUGUGGAGAAAAGACUAAGAUCCAAGGCUUACUGUGAUUUAAACGCGGUUGACAAAUUAAUACCUAAGGCCAAGGUUGGCCCUUACUCUGGUAUUUCCAUCCAGGAUAUCCCUUCCAUGCAGCAUGUUAUGGCUAGAUAUGGUAUUCUAAAACACCGGAUUGACCACUCAAAUUCCGCUACUACUUUAGAGGAAGUGUCAAGCUCAAAAGUGUAUCCUGAGUUGAACAAGGUUGACCAAUUGACACCUGAAACAGCUCAAGCAAAGUGUCCAGCCCAUGAUAUGUCCAUCCAGACUUCUCCUAUCAUCAGCCCAACCUGCCAUGCAAAUGAUGUUAUGGCUAGAUUUAAUAUUCUAGAAGGCCAAGGUGGCUGCAUAAAUCCUAUCAAGGCUACAAAUGUAGAGGAACCACCGACCUCAAGUGUUUCUCCUCUUCUGAAUGAGGUUAAGAAAGACACCCUGAUCCUAGAUAUUUCCAUCCAGAAUUCUCCCAUUUCAACCAGCCCCAACACAGAUGACGUUGAGGAUUCCAUCAUGACCAGAUUCCAUAUCCUCAAGUGCCGGGAUGACAACUCGAGAUCCAUGGAUGUGAAAAGGCAAGAACCGACAGAGGUGUUUCAUCUUGGGUUUUCAGGUGAGAAAAACCACCAGCCAAUUAGUAGUGAGAGAUCAGAGGAUGGAAGUGUGGAUGUUAAAUUGGGACCAGUCUUGCAGCAUCGCACUGCCAACAGUCCUGAAGACAAGUUAACAGUGAAGGAGUUUCAUCUUCGUGAGGAUGAUCCAACGGUCCAAUCUCGCCACUCCAACAGGCUUGGGGAUCCACUUGCCGCAGGUUGGUAUGAUAGCAGUUCAUCAGAUUGGGAACAUGUAACGGAGGAGGAGCUUAUGGGUUAGACCUGUUAAGCUCAAGUUGGACCUGAAUAUUCCUUUGGUAAAGUGUUUCAUAUUUUCUGAAAGAAAGCCAUGCAGUUUCUUUGUAAUAUAACAUGGGAAUUACUUUCACAACAGUAUAUAUGACUGCUCUUUGAACUUAGCCUUUAAACAUAAUCUGGAUUUUUAGAACCUGUGUUUUGUUUUUUCC